AUGAAUCCGAAACAAUUAUUCUAAGAUAAGUAUUUAUAGAUUAGAGAUUUCUUACUCUCUUCCUCUGAUGAAAGAAACAAUGAACAGUUAAUUGAUAUUAGAAACAUACUAGAAAGUUUUGCUUUUUUCAUUCAAUUUACAAAGUAUUAUAUAUUACUAUGCUUCAGUACUAAGUCAUAGGAGUUUAUAGAGAUGUGCAGAUAUUUACAAUUGGAAGUUUAUGAUUAAGAGCAAACCCUUUUUAGGUAGGGAGACCCAGCAGAUAAAUUUUAUAUCAUUUUAAAGGGAGAAGCUAGAAUUUUGAUUAAAAGUCCUGGCUUAGACGAAAUUAAAUAAGUUGGUAUUUCAGGUGUAGGAGAUUGUUUUGGUGAAUUGGCAUUGCUAUUUAAUUCAGACAGAAAUGCUACAAUAGUAGUUGGGAAAUAAACUGAAUUGAUGGUUCUUCAUAGGAAUGAUUUCAAUAAAUAUAUGAAAUUUCAUUCAUCUGAAUAAGCGAAUUAAGCAUAUAAUCUUCUCAAUGUGAUAGAACCAUUUCUUUCUUUAAAUUUUCCAGAUAAAAUUAGACUUGCUAGUAAGAUGGAAUAUCGAACAUUUCAAUCUAAUUAUGCAUUCAUUAAUUAAGGAUAGACAUUGAAUAAUUUUUAUGUAGUAGAAACAGGUUCUGUCAAACUCUAUCGUACAAUACCAUUUAAUAUCAAUAAAAAUGGUUUGAUUUAAUUUCAACAUAAAUAUGAUCCCAAUAAACAGAGUAGAAAUCUAAAAAUAGAAAUUGAUGAAAUAGGACCAGGAAAGUAUAUUGGAGACUAUGAAUUACAGCAUUAUAGGCCUAGUCAAUACACUGCAGUCACAGGAAUGUAGACUACUUGUUUUGUGAUUUCUCUUAUUGAUUUCAAUCUAAUGAGUCAAUUCUAAUUAGCUGAAGUUUGUAGAAACUCGAAACCGUAUCCUACAGACGAUCAUAUCAGAGAAGCCUUUCUCGAUGGCAUCAAAUGGAGAAUUUUCAGAAAAUAAAUGGUCUCAAAAUUAUAACUAGAAUUAAAAACUUGUAGUGAUGUCAGGGAUCCAACAACCUUGCCUAAAUUUUAGUAUCAAAAGGAUCUUCGACAAUUUGCUCUCAAAACACUCUCGUAUGAUAAGUUGAUGGAUUCCUAUUUGAAUUCUAAUGGCGAACCUGUUUAAUCAUAGACUGGUAGCAUGGUUUUCAAUGAAAUUAAAUAGCAAAAGUCCAUAAAAAAAAGAGAAACCCUUCUUUACUAAUGUUGA